AUAUAAAUGGUCGAAUCAAGAAUGUUUAGGCUACCGUUUAAUAAUUUGUAAGUCGCUCUGGAUAAGAGCGUCUGCUAAAUGACUUAAAUGUAAUGUAAUGUAAUAAUAUACAUGUUCCUUGUAUGAAAUGUAUUUCAGCUGUUUUACUUCUGCACGCUCCAAACAGUCUGACUGUUCUGGGGGGAAAAGCAUGGACUCUGUUAAUUAUAUGUUUCCUGUUUUUAUGUAUAGCUCAACCCCAGUAAGCGAAUAUAGGCGGGGUUUAGGCUUUUGUCCACAGUACUUUGAGAGCAGUCGUUUCUAAUGUGAGUCACAUCUAUAUGGUGAUCACGUGGUUUUUUUAUUGAAGGGACUAGAUCAGCUUUAAUUUUGCAGAUAGAUGCUGGGUUCUAUCAAUGUCAUUUUUUUGGCAUAAUUUCCAAUCCCCCCCAAAAUAUUUUUGUAACAUUUAUAUAUUUUUAUUUAUUUUACCUAACCCUCCCCUCCCCCAAUUGGAGUAAUCCAAGGACAACUAUAUUUAGGCUUCUACUUCCAGCUUAUACAUACUAAACCCAUUUUACGGACACGGUACAUUUUAUAUUGGUUCACUUAAUUUCUUUUCAUCGUUCAGCCACCCUCAACCCCUAAAAACGAUCCAGUCUUGACUUAUUUCUGCUGUGCUGUUUCACAUGGGCAGUACCAAAAUAAAUGAUCUAAUGAUUCUCUUUGCAGCAAAAUCUGCAGAGCUGGGAUGGUUGUAUCCUCCAUAUAAACUCAGCAAAAAAGAAAUGUCCUCUCAAUGUCAACUGUGUUUAUUUUCAGCAAACUUAACAUGUGUAAAUGUUUGUAUGAACAUAAGAUUUAACAACUGAGACAUAAACUGAACAAGUUCCACAGACAUGUGACUAACAUAAAUGGAAUAAUGUGUCCCUUAACAAAGGGGGGGUCAAAAUCAAAAGUAACAGUCACUUUCAGGUGUGGCCACCAGCUGCAUUAAGUACUGCAGUGCAUCUCCUCCUCAUGGACUGCACCAGAUUUGCCAGUUUUUGCUGUGAGAUGUUACCCCACUCUUCCACCAAGGCACCUGCAAGUUCCCAGAUGUGCUCAAUGGGAUUGAGAUCCUGGCUCUUCGCUGGCUAUGGCAGAACACUGACAUUCCUGUCUUGCAGGAAAUCAUGCACAGAACGAGCAGUAUGGCUGGUGGCAUUGUCAUGCUGGAGGGUCAUGUCAGGAUGAGCCUGCAGGAAGGGUACCGCAUGAGGGAGGAGGAUGCCUUCCCAGUAACGCACAGCGUUGAGAUUGCCUGCAAUGACAAGCCCAGUGCGAUGAUGCUGUGACACACCGCCCCAGACCAUGACGGACCCUCCAACUCAAAAUCGAUCACGCUCCAGAUUACAGGCCUCGGUGUAACGCUCAUUCCUUUGGCGAUAAACUCAAAUCCGACAGUCACCCCUGGUGAGACAAAACCGCGACUCGUCAGUGAAGAGAACUUUUUGCCAGUCUUGUCUGGUCUAACGACGGUGGGUUUGUGCCCAUAGGCAAUGUUGUUGCCGGUGAGGACCUGCCUUACAACAGGCCUACAAACCCUCAAUCCAGCCUCAUUCAGCCUAUUACGGACAGUCUGAGCACUGAUGGAGGGAUUGUGCGUGCCUGGUGUAACUCGGGCAGUUAUUGUUGCUAUCCUGUACCUGUCCUGCUGGUGUGAUGUUCAGAUGUACCGAUCCUGUGCAGGUGUUGUUACAUGUGGUCUGCCACAUCUGCAGUCCUCAUGCCUCCGGCACGUUCACGCAAAUGAGAAGGGACCCUGGGCAUCUUUCUUUUGGUGUUUUUCCAGAGUCAGUUGAAAGGCCUCUUUAGGGUCCUAGGUUUUCAUAACUGUAACCUUAAUUGCAUAGGAGUGGGAGGUCCCGGUGCACAACUGAGCACGAGGACAAGUACAUUAAUGUCUAGUUUGAGAAGCAGAGUUGUAAAGAAAAAGCCAUAUCUCAAACUGGCCAAUAAAAAGAAAAGAUUAAGAUGGGCAAAAGAACACACACUGGACAGAGGAACUCUGCCUUGAAGGCCAGCAUCCCAGAGUUGCCUCUUCACUGUUGACGUUGAGACUGGUGUUUUGGGGGUACUAUUUAAUGAAGCUUCCAGUUGAGGACUAGUGAGGCGUCUGUUUCUCAAAAUAGACACUAAUGUACUUGUCCUCUUGCUCAGUUGUGCACCGGGGCCUCCCACUCUUUCUAUUCUGGUUAAAGAAAGUUUGCCCUGUUCUGUGAAGGGAGUAGUACACCGGGUUGUAUAAGAUCUUCAGUUUAUUGGCAAUUUCUCACAUGGAAUAGCCUUCAUUUCUCAGAACAAGAAUAGACUGACGAGUUUCAGAAGAAAGUUCUUUGUUUCUGGCCAUUUUGAGCCUGUAAUCGAACCCACAAAUGCUGAUGCUCCAGAUACACAACUAGUCUAAAGAAGGCCAGUUUUAUUGCUUCUUUAAUUAGCACAACAGUUUUCAGCUGUGCUAACAUAAUUGCAAAAGGGUUUUCUAAUGAUCAAUUUGCCUUUUUAAAAUGACAAACUUGGUUAAGCUAACACAACAUGCCAAUGGAACAUGAGUGAUGGUUGCUGAUAAUGGGCCUAUGUAGAUAUUCCAUAAAAAAUCUGCCGUUCCCAGUUACAAUAGUCAUUUACAACAUUGUCUAUACUGUAUUUCUGAUCAAUUUUGUUAUUUUAAUGGGCAAAAAAAAUGCUUUUCUUUCAAAAUCAAAGGUAUUUCUAAAUGACCCCCAAACUUUUGAACGGUAGUGUAUGUAAAUAAGGUAUUUCUGUUUUUUAAAAUAAAUUUGCAAACAUUUCUGCAAACAUUUUUACGCUUUGUCAUUAUGGGGUUUUGUGUGUAUAUUGCUGAGAAUCAUUUAAAAAAAAAUCAUUUUUAGAAUAAGGCUGUAAUGUAACAAAAUGUGGAAAAGUCAGGGGGUCUGAAUACUUUCCGAAGGCACUGUAUGUUUGUGUAAUGGCUAACAUCUCGCUGUGGUAGUAACUGAGUCUAGCAGAGCAGAACAAUAUGAGGCAACAGAUGUUUUGACUGGAAACCAGCAGUUUAAAAGAUGUGGUUUUUGUCUUCAAACCAAUGUCAUUGGUUUCCCCCUCUGGGUGUUCCAGACCUUUUUCAUAUCUUGUGUUUCUCUAAUUAAUUGACAUUGUCCAUUUUAAGUGGGCAUUUAUUGUGUUAUAAAGGCAGUUUUUACAGAUGUGGCCUUGGGUUGUUUAGAUAUUAGAUUAGUUAGGGUCCUGAUGGCGCUCUCGACUCGUGGCUAAUUCUUCCUCUUCGAAUGAUUUCUCUCUUUCUGAAGUAGGGAGUGAAGGUGAUUUUCAAGGUGACCUGUCUACUAGAUUUAGAUUUAACCUGAAGCAGUGUAUGAAAUAGCCUUGGCACACGCUGGUCCGAACUGGCUUCACAGUUCUUGGGACCAUGUUGUUCUAUCUGUAGCCUAAUAUGUGUCUGUUCUUUCCUCAAUUUAGGCACUCUUCAGAUCCAACAAACGCAACUAUAAUUAGCCUAACUAUUGUAAUUGCAUUAUCAAUAACUCGAUUACAAAAUGGCAACGCUGUAAUCGUCCUCUUGACCUAUAAACGUUUAUGGUCUGGGUACUGUGCUUCCUUUUGCACGUACUUGAUGUCCAAGAAAACCGUUUCAAUCAGCGUUUACAAUAGACCCCGGCCACCAGUGGGUUCAGUACAGUAGGUUGAGGUUCAUGGUUAAAACACCUCUCAGCUGAGUCACACCAUCUCCGUCUCUCCAUAGCAAUAACACUGGGUACGUUGGAGUCUUUGACUGACUCGUGUUAAUUAUGGUCCUAACUUGUUAAUCGGUGCUAACCAAGGAGCAUUAGAGAGGAUCUGGGGCUUGUCCUCAGGAUAGUGGCAUGGUGCCAAGCCAAGAACCAGGCUACUCCAAUUCUGAGUGAUUACCCACUUCAUCCCUCUUUAAGCUCACAGAGUCAAACACGGACCGGUGUCCUUACAAAUCUGGAAAAUUUGGUUUGAGAGGACCUAAAUUCGACGUGCAGGCGUACACUUGCACACUGCAUUUUUCCUGGACUAUAAUAAGCAUGAGUCCUACACUGUGCUGAUAAGGGUGGGGCAGUGUUCCCUCUAAGCUGUGUGCGUGCUGCGCAGCUCCCCGGGACUGCUGUGCAGAAGAAAUAUCAGCCCACAGAUAGAAGCACGAGAUUGAACUUGACUUGAAUUAAGGGCUGUGUUUCCUGUAGGCUUACCCUGGCAUGAUGUUUUGAUAACCAUGUAAAUCUCCCUCGGACAUGGUGGACUUUUAUCAAUAUAUUUGUCUAUAUUUACUUCCGAAAAUGCUAAUUGGCAUCAAAGUAGACCUCAUGCAAGACUACAAAUCCCUACAAGCUCCUGCACGUCAUCUCCAGCUGACACCUUUUCUAACAGGCCUACAGUACAGAUGAACAUGAACAUGCACCAUGAUCACCACGACCACGGCACCAUGGCUCCUCCCACGGGGACAGACUCCCAUGGGGAUGGAGCAGUACACAGUGCAGGAGGAAUGAUGAUGAUGCAAAUGACCUUCUACUUUGGCUACACAAACGUGGAGCUGCUGUUUGCUGGUCUUGUCAUCAACACACCUGGAGAGAUGGCAGGGGCCUGCAUUGGUUGUUUCCUGCUGGCUGUGCUCUACGAGGGGCUGAAGAUCGGCAGGGAGUUCCUGUUGAGGAGGAACCAGGUCAACGUGCGCUAUAACUCCAUGCCUGUCCCAGGAGCAGACGGUACCAUGCUCAUGGAGACCCACAAGACUGUAGGCCAGCGGAUGCUGAGUCUGUCCCACUUGCUGCAGACGGUGUUACACAUCAUCCAGGUGAUGGUCAGCUACUUCCUUAUGUUGGUCUUCAUGACCUACAACGCUUACCUGUGUAUCGCCGUGGCAGCGGGGGCCGGGGUGGGAUACUUCUUAUUCAGCUGGAAAAAGGCUGUGGUUGUUGACAUUACCGAACACUGUCACUGACACCCCCAUCUGGUCUAUUCAUCCUACCACACACGUAAAACACACACACAGGCAUUCUCCUUUCAAUCCCCAUCAUCAUGCAUUGUUUUUGCAUGUUACACAUUUGGACAGUUCACUUUGUCACACUAAAGCUUGAUGGUAAAUCUGAAUUAUGACCAUGAGCUUUUACAUUUGUGACUGUCUGUCCUAUUGGUAGCUCUAAGACUACCCAUGUCACCGUAACGCAAUGUUUGUAUUCCAAAUUCUUACGCCUCCCGUCUCAAUCUCCACGUCUCUGUCAAAAGAGCUGAACGUUCACUCUUCCCCCAGUCGUGCCAUUCUCAAUCAGUAUUUUUAUUAUUGCGCAACAAUCGGUGACCGUUCAUCCUUACAGCAUCGGACCUAGGGUUUUCUGCUCAUACAGGGCAUUGCGACAUUUACAACCACUUUCUCAUUGAAGAACAGUGUGCUGGUACAAGCAAGGAGUAGUUAUAUGAAUAGGGCCUAUAGUAUCUCCUGGCCAGGGAACAAUGCUGGGCCCUAGUUGAAGCAUUCUGAAGCCAAGUCCUCUGCAUUUCAUCUGACUGUCCGAUGGGGGUCAUAAAUAAUCAGUGUCUCACAACGGGAGUCAAAGGUCAUACUUGAGAUUGGCUGUAUAACUGAGCCUUAGUAAACCCCUUUGCCUUAAAGGAGGAAAACAUGUGACAGCCUAGGCCAACUGUAGACAGGACCCAUAGUCUACUGAUAAGUGCCAGCACCAUUUUAAAGAAGUUUGUCCUUGUAUUGUUCACGUGAUUAUAUGACAAGCCUUAAAACCAUCAUGAUACACACUGCUAUGCAAUGUUCCAUUUUGGAUUAUUAUUAUUUUUUUAACUCAGUAUUUACAAAUAACUCUUCACUUAAGAGUAGGCUUGAUCUGACCCAUAAAUGUACAAUAACAAUUGGCUCUUGCACAUUAAGAAGCCAAUGUAAAUAGAAAUAUAUGUACAUGUCAAACCUGCUGCUCAUAUCACCUCCAACGAAGAUAAUUUUACAUCUAAAUUCAAGUGUCUGCCUUUCUAAAUCUUCACUACCAUAAAUUGUUGCUGGCCAAAUCUUUAAUUUGCUUGUUUCAAGAAACAAAUUAAUGUUGAACAGAUUACUGGGUCUAAUCUGAGCACAUAAGGAGGUCCCUAAACCUCAACCUAAAAAGGGUUAACUUUAUCACUUGAAGUGGGAUUCCCCACUAUAAUUUGGGAGUAACUUUUGGUGUGUUUAUUCAAUGGGCUUAAAGUAGCACAUGUCAACACAACAUGGAUACUAGUGUCCUUAUUGGAGCAAGUGCUCAGGUCCCAAGGACAAGCAGAUAACUCUGGGAAAGUAGGAGGCUGGAUCCAGUGCUUUCUCAGACUGGCCAAGUAACACAUGAUUUCUGCACGACUCUGUGACCCAUCAGUGCUUAGGCCACACACUACAGGCAGUACAUACUUUGACAGAAGGGUGAUUUCUAUGAAGUAUAACCUAAAAGAGAAAAUAUUUCCCUUUUAGGUAUGUCUUUUUAGUUUGUUAAUGGUUUACUUCUUUUUUUUGAGAUAAAUGACUGUAGUAAAUGUUUAUCAGUUGCCUGAGUGACAUUGUGUUGUGCCUGGUUUGGGGAUCAAAUUCCUAGUUGCUAUAACUGGAUUUAACAGCCACGUGUUCUCAUUUACAUUGCAAUAAAGCCAGGGACAUUAAUAUAUACUUUAACAUAAUAACUGUUUCUGCUUUACCAUGUGAGAUCAAUGUAUAAAGAGGAUAUAUUAGUCAACUGUACAAAUGGAGUGUUGAAGUAAAUUGGCCAAAAACAAGUGGGAAUCUGACCACCACUCCAGCGCAGCAUCGGUGUGAACAUGUCUGUAUAGUUUUACAUAUUUAUAGUGUUGUAAUCUUUCUAGAGAACACAAGUAAUAAAUUGUAUCAUUCAAGAA